AAUUUUCUUGAACCUUUUGUGGCAGAGACAAAACCAAAUCAGACUCUUUACUCGUGUGUUGAGAGCCUUAAAAAUCAGACAGUAAAGCUUUCUUCUCUUCCAUGGCGUCUAUUGUCAGACCUUCGGUUUCAGUUAAUCUAAGACCAAAGAUUACUUGCACGAAUCUCUCUACGAAAGAGAGGUUUGAGUUUCAGAAGAAGAGUCUGAGGAAACAAAAGCUCAAUCUUAGCUUGAAGCCUAAAGCACAAGGAUCAUCAGUUGAAGGGACUAGCGUUGUACAAGAGAAAGAGCUUAACAACAAAACCGAUUAUGGAGUUGUUGGGGUUCACCAUGUUGGUCUGCUCUGCGAGAACCUAGAACGGUCACUAGAGUUUUACCAAAACAUAUUAGGCCUUGAGAUAAACGAGGCAAGGCCACACGAUAAGCUUCCAUAUAGAGGAGCUUGGUUAUGGGUAGGUUCAGAGAUGAUUCAUCUUAUGGAGCUUCCAAAUCCAGAUCCAUUGACUGGUAGACCCGAGCACGGAGGACGGGAUCGACACGCUUGUCUCGCAAUCCGUAAUGUUUCUAAUCUGAAAGAUGUUUUGGACAAAGCUGGGAUAGAGUAUACAAUGAGCAAGUCAGGAAGACCAGCGAUAUUUACUCGUGAUCCAGAUGCAAACGCUCUUGAGUUCACUCAAAUUUGAUUUCUCAGUGAGUCUAUUUUGUAGAUGGUAUAUACUUCAAAAACACAUCACUUGAUUAUGUAAGUUGUAGAUACUCUUCUUCAUGUUCUUAUAGUCUUACCACCAAACUGUGUGUGGAUCAGUUCCAUUUAAGCCUGCACAUUCUGAAUGAAAUUGAGAAAAGCAAACCAAA